AUGGGUGUGUUGUUGUUCUUCGCCUUGCAAAACGAAGGGGUUAAUUUGAAGUGCCCUACGCCCCUCUGUAUCUGGUCGGAAUCGGUGAUGAGCAGCAAGGCGGCGGCGACGAUCUACUGUGGUGGUCGGAGUCCGUUCCAGCAGCUCUGGUUACUAUGUAUCGGGUCGGAAUCGGCGGAGAAAGUGAAUGGGUGUGAAGAGGGGCCUGGUGGUGGCCGAAAUCUGUGGUUGCUGGUUGUCUUCCUUGCCAGAAAGUCUCCACCUUCAUUGGUGGUUUUAUCAAUUCAGAAAAAAACGAAGAAGGAAGGGGAAAUAGGUUAA